GACAUUUUAUUUUUCAGUGAUUUGCAUUCGAUAACUUUUUAACACUCAUCGGGGUGUUAUGCUGCUCGAGCAUUCAUGUGUGUCGGAAAACGCGCACACUAUCACGAUUCUAUUAGGUGUUUCUGUACGAUUCUUUUCGUUUGACUUGAAGUAAUAACUCGAAGUAAGAAGUACAUACCAAUUCAACUCCUUUCUUCAAAUUUUCUGUCUUUGUUUUACGAGUGUUUACAAUUUUAUUAAGUUAUAAGAUCUUUUGACUCGAAUCCUUGGGGGUUUCAUCUAGCUCAUUGCAACACUGUGAGUUUGUUGAUUCAAUUGAAUUAUAAGUUUAGUCUGCAUGCUUAUUAAUUCCCCUUAAUUAAUUCAUGGAUGAUGAAAAGCUAAAUUUCUCGAACCAAGUACUGUUAAAGAACAUGGAGCAUCAAUUAUUCAGCAGUUGUCCAAUGGAUAGUUUUUCCGAUUAUAUGCUUGAUGAUACUCAUGCACGUACUCAUACAUAUGCUAAUUCCAACCAAUCUGAACAAGAUAUAUCGCAAAAUCUCGAUUUACCUCACUCACCAAAUUAUAUCCAUUUCAUCACUCAAAACCCUCCUGUCGAAGAAAAAACUACUAGUGAGGACACAGAUGAUUCCGUUGACGAAAAAUUCAAAAAACGUUCACAUGGUAAUCGUGAAUCGGUUCGUAAGUAUCGCGAGAGAAAGAAAGCCCGCCAAGCUUCAAUGGAGGAUGAGCUUAUCCGGCUGAGGAUCGUAAAUCAACAGUUGUUAAAAAGGGUGCAGGGACUAGUUGCUCUUGAGCAAGAGGUAGCAAGAUUCAAGUGUCUACUUACGGAAAUCAGAGGAAGGAUUAAAGGAGAACUUGGAUCAUUUCCUUAUCAACAACCCGCAGCUGGUAUCGGCAUCAUUCCUCAAAUUAUGCCCCGGCCGCCUACCUCAUUUGGAGCUUAUGAUGUGUAUCAGUGCGGCAACCAAUACCCUGGACUGAAUAACAAUUCAGGAUUUGCGGAAUUUAUAGACUUUGGGCAAUCAAAUGUCAGGUUAACUACUAAUCUUAAUACUUCCACUUCUGCCAAGAAGCAAAAAUAAGCUUAAAUAAAUGUUUGAAUGUAGAGCUGAGUUGAAAUGGUGUUUAAUCAUCCAAUUGCUUUACUACCGAUGUUAUUUCUUUGUUAUUCUCAUUGUAAUGUAUAUAAUUAAGCUUUCUAGAUUGUUUGAGAAUAAAAUGUACUAAGCUCUCUUUAAUCCGUUGGAGUUGAAAGAAGUGGUUCUUG